AGAGUUGAAACUGAUGAUGAUGGUCAACCCGAGAUUGAAGGAGAAACACAAGGUUCAUGUUGUAGCCGCACAUUGUUGUUUCCCUGCGACAUUUGUGCGAGUCUAACACUCCCGUCAUCAGGAGAAAAGUCAUCACUCCCCCCCUCUUUUUUGAAGAGUGUGGAUGUGUGGGUGUCCAGAGAUGGAAGGCUAUGAGGAGUUCUGUCUGCGGAGUUUGGCCAUACUGCAGGAGGAGGGGAAAUUCAAGAAGAUGACUUGUGAGCCACUGUGGUCCCUGAAGGCUCUCUCUGUCAUCCGCUUCCAUGGAAGAGCUGUGCUUUCGCCACUGUUGAGUGCAGAGCAGCGUAGUGAGAUGCGUGACCACAGACAGAAGGCGGUCCAGCUGGAGGUGGACAGGCAGAACAGGCAGAAGAAGAACCUUAUGGCCCGGGUUCAGUGCAUACUGGACCAAGCUCAGGCACAUAACGUACCAAGUGAAGAUGUUGAAAUGCCAGUUUCUAAAUCUGCGACAGUCAGCGGCUACACCCUGGUCACUGACUCUCCUGGACUUCCCAGAGACCCUGGAUUUGGGCUUCAGACAAAUGAACAGCCAUGCUGUGAGACCCCCAUCCUCAACGGCUUCAAGGCAGUGGAGGAAGUGAUGGUGAAGAGGGAAGAGAAGAGUGAGGAGGAGGAGGAGGAGGAGGAGGAGGAAGAGGAGGAGGAGGAUAUUAGUUUGGACAGCCUUCUUAAGAGAUCAAGGGAGUAUGUGAAGAGAGAGCAGACUCAGCAGGAGUCAAACGUUGUCCACACAGUCACCAGGACUCCCCUGCCGGAGACUAUCUCUGACAAGGAGAAGAAGAGCUGCAGUCCCAUGGGGGACACAGGUUUUGAGUUUGGAUUCAGUCUGCACCAUAGCCCUAUUGGCCAAUCUCAGACCCAAAUCCAGUAUAAGACUCUGUGCGACCCUAGUCCUCAACAGUCUGGCUGCCUCUCACCUAGUCUACCCGACAGGUAUGCUCGUCUCCCCAGUCCACAGUCCAGCAUUAGCCCCCGUGCACAAAAACGCAAACCACGCCCAGUUUCUACAGGUAACAUCCAUAUUUAUUUUCCCAUCGGCCCAGCAGACCUUAUACCCCAAAGUCCAGUACGGUCAGGGGAAGUUGCUGGCAUGGCAGAUUGGGGAGAAUCUCUCUCAGGGGCCAUGAUGUCCCCCAGUCACAGGGACUCAGUGGGUAGUGAAAGUGACAGUCGUCGAUCCAGCCACUGUGGUACCAGUCCAUUGCAGGAGCCC